CACCUUCCCCCCUUUCCCUUCCCCACGCUACGUGAAGGUGAAGGCAGCAACGGAGGCCCUGCUGUCCCUGUGCCGGUCUCGGCAGCCGCGAAGGCAGCUGUUGAAGGCAGGAGCGAUCCUCGUCCUCGGGAGGCUCCUCCUCAAGGCGAGGCACAAUGCCAUCCUCGUUCCCGUCGUCGGUCUCCUUCAAGAAUGCGCGGCCGAAAAGGAGUAUCGAGUGGCCGUCAGGAGUCAGAAACUGGUGGAACCCUUGGUGCAACUGCUUUGGAGCACCCAAGAUCCCUGCCUCCAAGAGAACUGCGCUCUGGUCCUCGCAAAAUGCGCGGAAGACGACGGGACCAGGGAGAUCAUUCGAGUCAACGGGGGAUUGGACGUCUUCGUCGCUCUUCUCGACGUCCGUUCCGUCUCCGAUCCGAUGGAUCCGUUCCUUCGAAACGGCGUCGAAACGGUCGUUUCUCUCUUGCAGGCCAGAGAGACCGGAAGCUGGAGCCUGUUGACGGCGGUGACGAGCGCCCUUUGGGCCUGCGCAAAGACGAAGAACAGAAACAUGACCCACCGCCUGGAGAGCCUGGGAACGACGGCGAAACUCGGUUCCCUGCUGGACCCCCCGAUCCCCGCCGGGAAAGCCCGAGCCAACGCCGUCGGAGCCCUGGCCCAACUCGCCCGCAGGGACUCCAGUCGAUUCAUCCUCCGUCAGAGCGGGAGUCUGGCCGCUCUCGUCAGGCUUCUCGCUUCCAACGAUUCUCCGCUGCUGAGGAAUGCCACGGAAGUGAUCGGGGAAUGUGCCGACGAUCCCGAAGCCCUCGAGCUCAUCAU